AUGAGCGAGGGACGGCGAAACUCGCACGUAGACGUGCCCGAAACUGCCGCUACGACGGCUUUAGCCCUCCCAUCUUCGAGAAGUAGCAUCACGGGAUAUGGGGCGCCUGGCUUCUCGUCGGGGUUCAAGGCAGCGGGCAUGCUCGAUUCCACAAGGCAAGGAUCGCACCACCACGCAGGUGGGCGCCACAUCCUGCCCACGUCUAGGAUACGUUCAUCUUCACCUGGGGCGGGGAUGCUCACACCAGAUCAGAUCCCCGAGGCCCUCAGCCUAACCCUCGCCCUGGCUAGCCGGGGUGCGCUCCCGCCUGCCCUUUCUGGCGACAGGCGAGGCAGCGCAGACUCCACUUCAAGUCAGGAGAAGGGCUUGUCCCGGAACAAGAGGAAAGCCGGAGCGAUGAGCACGGCCAACUGGAAAGAGAAUCUCACCAGGCAUAUGACGACCUGGCACUCUCCAAUGCAAAACCGAUGCCCCUUUUGCAAGGACAACGCAAUGAGGCCGAGCUUCAACAGGUUGGACAACUUCAAAGAGCACAUCCUCCGCCACUUCCGCGACCGCAACAACUGCCGGGCGCGGACGGGGUUCGACCCGGCAGCAGAGGAGUUCUACCUCGGUAUUACGGAGAUGGUCAAGCAGAGGCGACAGCAGCAGCAGCACCAACAACACAUGGGCAUGUCGACAACAGCAGCGCAGCGAAAGAGGCUAGCCGAUCAUAUGAACGCGGCGGAGAGCCCCGGUAGCACGGACACAUGCGAUACGGGGAGCGACGCGGCGAGCGAUGUGGAUGGCGACGUGGGCAUGAUGGGCUGA